UUCAUUGGUGCAUGAAUGGAAAUUUAAAAGGUUUGUCACUAAAUAUUGGUGAAAAUGGAAACCUCAUCUAUGCUUUCAUCUUUACACGAUGAAUGCAGAUCAGACAAUUACAUUGAACCCCAUUACAAGGAAUGGUAUCGUGUAGCUAUUGAUGCUUUAAUUGAAGGAGGUUUAGAAGCCUACCAAGAAUUUCUUUCCAAAGAGAGAUGUUCAGAGUUCCUAGCAGAAGAAGAAAUUAAUUAUAUUUUGAACACUGUUCAGAAACUUCCUCAAAACACAGUUUAUUCCCCUGACAAUGCUGUUGAUGAUACCUCUUCCUCGGGAACUUAUUGGCCUAUUGAAUCUGAUGUGGAAGCUCCGAACCUUGACUUGGGCUGGCCCUAUCUGAUGCCUGGAAUGUCUGGAGGUACAAAUAUUGAUCUACUUUUUCAUCCACCACGAGUACAGCCUUUCACAAUAAAGGAAACUAUUAGGAAGAUGAUAAGAGAAGCAAGAAAGGUCAUUGCCAUAAUUAUGGAUAUGUUUACAGAUGUGGAUAUCUUCAGAGAAAUUGUAGAGGCAUCUACCAGAGGGAUUGCUGUGUAUAUUCUGCUUGAUGAGUUUAACUUCAGUCACUUUCUUAAAAUGACAGAAAAACAGGGCUUUCAAGUUCAGAGAUUCAGGAACAUGAGGGUGCGGACAGUAAAAGGACAAGAGUAUUAUUCCAAAUCAGGGGCAAAAUUCCAUGGAAAAAUGGAACAGAAAUUUCUUCUGGUUGACUGUAAGAAAGUCAUGUAUGGUACUUACAGCUUUAUGUGGUCAUUUGAAAAAGCCAACCUCAGCAUGGUUCAAGUUAUCACAGGACAACUGGUUGAAUCCUUUGAUGAAGAGUUUAGGACGCUGUAUGCCCGUUCCUCUGUUCCUAGUUCAUUUGCCCCAGAAUUAGUUAGGAUAAAUAGUCACAGGAUACUCUGGGAGAAUGGCACAUACCAGCAUUCACAGUCUUCUUUAGCUUCAGUCUCCAGCCAGCGAAACCUUUUUGGUAGGCAAGACAAAAUUCACAAACUAGAUCCCAUUUACUUGAAAACUCGAGGAAGAUAUGCAGUGAAUGAAAUAGAUACAUAUGGUUUGAGAAAUCAAACCCACAACAAACUACCCUUUCAUCCAGGUUUUAACAUGCAAAAUAAAAUUCAGCAGUAUCAACCCAGUGAACAAAAUGAGCAUUGGAAGAGACAUAGUUAUGCUGGGGAAAACCCAGAAAGGACUCCUUACUUUUUGCUACACAGAGCUAUUAAUCGGACCAAUAAUCUAUCAAAUACUUGGAAGAUGCCAUCUGAUAGCCUUAGUAUUGUAUCUUCAUUAAAGGGAGGCUAUACAAACAACUGCAAUGCACCCCAACAAAGUUUUGCCAAUCGGUUUGCACAGCCAAAGAUAAAUAUUGCAGAAAGAAAUUCAAUUGUACGGAGGUCUUUCAGUGGAACAGAUAAUCAUAUCCGCUAUCUGCAACAGAGGAUGCCAACCCUUGAACACACUACAAAAUCAUUUCUACGUAACUGGCGAAUUGAGUCAUACUUAAAUGAUCAGUCAGAUUCCGCUGCAGAUUGCAAUGGAUCAGCAGUCAGUGACAGGUAUGAGGGCUAUGACACAGCUGAAAAUAUUAAAGCUCAUGCCCUUUAUUCUCAUUCUCGCCUGAGGUCAUCAUUAGCUUUUAAGCCAACUUUGCCAGAACAGCAGGAAGUAAGCAGCUGUACAAGUUCUUCAAAUUCAACUAUCGUUGGUUCAGAGGGAAGUGAAACACCUAAAGGGACACCCAAUCAUAUCCCAAUUGUGAAAAAUGUGACCAACAAAGAAUCAGCAGAGGUCAGCACUAAUGUCCCACCUGACUCAGAUGAACCGAAAAAGCCUGGAAUGCAGGUUGCAGAAAACAAAAAACCUAUUUUAUAUCCAAAUGCCACUAGGGACCCAUCUACCUACAUGUACACAGCCUUCUAUGUAAACAGACAGGCAGAAAAUGUAAAGAACCAUCAGAAUGAAAAUAUACUAAAAAGGCGAAGUUUCCCUAUGUUUGAUAACUCCAAGUCCGCUUUGGAUCAUGGUGUCAACAAGCAGGCGUCCAGCUAUGUGUACAGCACACUGACUAGGCAGAGACUUAAGCGGCCGGAAAAUCUAAAGCCCCCAGAAGAUACAAUAAAAAACUCUAAAAGCUUUCACAGUGUGACCAACCACAUAGAACAUGAAGAUAAAAAUCUCAAAGGAGAAUCAAAGAGCCCCACUACCACGAAGGCCAUCUCUGUGGCUGCUCUAGCUGAAGAUAGCAAAGAGGAACCUAGCAAACAAUGUACUUUAAAGAAAGAAAAUAGGAAUUCUCCAAGUUUCCUGAAAAAGGGAUCCCAGAAACUGAGGUCAUUGCUGAAUCUCACACCAGACAAGAAGGAAAACUUGUCAAAAAACAAAGCUCCUGUGUUUUAUAGAAUGUGCAGCAGUUCUGACACGUUGGUUUCUGAAGGCGAAGAGAAUCAAAAGCCAAAAAUAUCUGAGACUAAGGCUGAUUCUUCUCCAAGAAAAAAGAGGAUCACAUCAUCCAAUUCACAAGGCAGCUUGCAUAAAAGUAAAGAGGAUGUCACUGUGAGCCCACCCAAGUCUCCCAAGCCACCCAAGUCUCCCAAGCCACCCAAGUCUCCAAAACCUCCAUUUGAUGAAAGCAGUAAAAAGUGCCCUACUUUAUGCCCCCCUGAAAAGUUCUUAGAAACUGUAGGAGAUGCAUCCACUCCAAGAUUUAAUACUGAACAGAUCCAGUACCAAGAGGUGAAAGAAGCUAUAACUAAUGCUACACAGGAAACUGCACCUGUUUCUAGUUCUCCACAAAGAGUAAGCACAAUGACAUCCCAGCCUGGAAACUCAAAGCACAAAGAGGAGUUAUUAAGAUCUCGUUUGAGUGAAAGACGUGUUUAUAGUCGCUUUGAGCCAUUCUUGAAGAUGGAAAGCUCUGGUCAACCAGCAAGAAAUACACCCAAGACCAGUACACAGCCCCCAGAAACAAAAAGCAAAACCUUAGGGAAUAACUAUGCAAGGGGCAAUCAGGUGGCUCAUUACAACUCAACCGUAUACCAUCCAUUACAGCCAAAUGAAAACAAGCUUCGAGGAUUUAUGCAAAAGUUUGGAAACUUACUAUACAAAAACAAAUAAAACCUAUAUAGUCUGAGGACUGUGUGAAAAAUAGCAAAGGCAGCAGGGCUCUAAGUAUUGAACUGAAUUAGACAGAUGGGCAGGCCUGUAAAGUUUACAAGGGUUUCUGCAGGGGUUAGAACCUUGGAAUUGAUGUAUAUGUUUUUAUGUAAUAAACCUAGAGUUAUUAUACUUCAGUCAUUGCACAAGUUCUGUGUCUAAAAGAUGUUUUAAAUGUGAUGUUUAUAAUGUUUAUACUGUAAGAUUAAUUUGAGAUAGAUACUUUCCCUCAUGCAGAAAGUGUGUAAUAAUAUCUUAUAAGUGUGAAAAAGAGGGAGGAGGUUUUUUAAACUCUAAUAUUUUUUUUCAAAAACCUGUCAUUUAAAAAUAGAAUAAUACUGGGAUAAGUGGCCUGCUGUGUCUUUUCAGCAUUUAUGUACUCUUGAAAGUGAUAAAAGCAGAUGUUAAUUAAUUGCAUGUUACUUAGCCAUUUAAACUAAUUUUUGAAAACCUCUUACAGACUUUACCAUAUUACUGAUUGUCUUCACAGACUGCUAUAUUGAACUGUGAGGAUAACAAAUGGAGAAUCUCACUUAUUGUACUGAAUAUUGUAUGUAAUUACAUAUCACCACAAACCUCAAAGUUACCCUCCAACCAGGGUGUGGUGUACUUGUUUACAAUGUGAAGUGGUUGUAACUGUAGGGUGACAUUUUAAAAUCUAUUGAUGCAUCAAGAUUUAUUGAAAGUAGGCUGCAAUUGGAGUUAAACCUUUUGUUGUAUAUGCCAAUAUUCCAUAAUGCAUCCUUAGAAACGUGUGCUUUCCUAUAUUUUUAAAUUUGGAGCAUCAAGGAAGAAAAUUAGUCUGUGGAUUACCAUUUCUCAGGUAAGCUGGUAAAUUCUCCAUACAGUACUUAGCUUUAAAUGUUCGCAAUUGAAUUUGCAAUUCUAAGUAGUUCAGUUAAGAAAAGUUGUAGGCACGUAUUUUACUCAAAACUUGAAGUAUUUCCAAAGACUAAAGUAAUGGAAGCAAGAAAAGAGCUUACCUUUUAGACAGAUUGGGUGAUAUUCUGGCUCCAUUGGAGUCAGUGGUAAAGUACCCAUUGACAUUAGUGGAGCCAAGAUUUCACCCAUCUUGUUUAUAAACUCCUGUUCCUAAUUUCUUCCUCAUUACUAUAUGGACCAAAGGACCGUGCACAGCAAUGCUCACUGUUCACUCAACCAGCUUGCAUUCAAAUAAUUUUUUUAAAGUAUGGAAAUGUUCACAAACUCUUUUCAUUUGAAUUGGUCAGUGCUAAUUUAAGGAUUUCUCAGAUUGAGAUAAUCUGUUUGCAAAAUUUGGGCUCUGCCAGUAACUUCAAUGGACAUUGGAUCAAGACCCAACCAUUUUAUUUAACUAAGACAUGAGUAAUUCCCACUGAAGUCAAUAACAGUUACUUGUAUCAAGCAGUAAGAUAAUCAGGACCCCACUACUGUGCAUAGUAAAUAUAAGAAGAGUAUGAGAGAGAAAAUGUUGGUGAAGAAUAUCUUUUAUUGGACCAACUUCUUUUGGUGAUAGAGACAAGUUUUUGAGCUUAUACAGAGCUCUUCUUCAGAUCUGAGAAACCUUGUCUCUCUGAUAUCCUGGACCAACAUGGCUACAACAACAUUUCAUAUGAGAAGAGUAUGAUGCUGAUGAUUAAUAUUUAAUGUUAAUUCAUUCACAAACGUUUAUUUUUAAUGUCUAUACCUGAACUGAUUGUUGAGAUGAGCACACCAGUGAUUUCUGUAUGUUAUUUCCUUUAUUUUAAUGGGGGAGGGAUUUUGAAUAAGAAUAUUGUACUGUAGAGGAGAGUAGCUACCAUCCAAAUAACUUUUUUAAAAGCAACCAUAUUUUCAUGCAGUGAUUGUUAAUAUUAUGGAAAAAGUUGUCUUGAAUUAAUCUCACAUCACUGGAUUGACAGAAAGGCCCUGAUUAUGAUCUCACUUCAUUUAGCUUUAUCUGUAUAACUUGGAACAAAUACGGACCACAGCACCAUAGUAUCUAAGUGCUCUACACUCCUAUAACCCCACUGAGUUAUUUCUGAUUUACACUAACAUAUAGUGAUCCAUCCCCUGUCAGCUGUUCUCAGCUUCUGGCAAACAGAGGCUAGGGACACCAUCUCUGCCCAUCCUGGCUAGUAGCCACUGAUGGACGUAUCCUCCAUGAAUUUAUCUAGUUCUUUUUUGAACCGUUACAGUCUUGGCCUUCAUAACAUACUCUGGCAAAGAGUUCCACAGGUUGACUGUGCGUUGUGUGAAGAAAUACUUCUUUUUGUUUGUUUUAAACCUGCUACCUAUCAAUUUCAUUUGGUGACCCCAUAGUUCUUGUGUUAUGAGAAGGAGAAAAUAACACUUCCUUAUUUAUUUUCUCCACACCAGUCAUGAUUGUAUAGACCUCUAUCAUAUCCACCUUUAGAGGUCUAUAAAAUCAUUCAGUUUGAAACCUAAAGGAGAUGUGACCCAAAGAUAAUAGGCCUUACGUAGCUGAACUCUGAAUUUCCAGAUGCAGUUAGGACAGCAGAUUGGGCCAUGAAAUUUGAAAGAUAAAGUAAAAUGUAUAAUCAGUGGUUGAUGUGAAAGAAUUUCCCUCUCCCAACAGCACUCCUCAAAAAUUCCAGGGGAGGGAUAUGCUAUUUUAAUUCUUUAAAAAAAAAACAAAAAAAAACCACAUGCCUGAUUUGUUCAUCAGCUAGGUCAGAAACCUGCUUGUUCCUUCCCACCUAUUGCUGUGAUGGGAGUCCUUGAACUACAGUGUGCUGCAUUUCACCUAGAACCCUCUCCUGUUCCCAUUAAAAUCGCAAUGGUUAUUGCCAGUGACUUCUAUGAGGCAGGAUCAGGACAUUUCCCAGAGAACAGUUUUAAGCAAAAUGAUAUUUAAUAAAAAUAACCAAUACAUAAUGGGGAUGGUAUUUACAGUUAGUGGUGAUCUCUUGUGUCUCAAUUGUAUCUUGGGUCUUUCUCUUUCCUUCUACCGAAAGUAUUCAGUUCCUUCUUAGCUGAGAUAUUUGCAGAAAGUAUAUGAAUUGCUUCACUAAUACAUGUUGUUAGUUUGCCUUUUCCAUGCUGAACUGGCAAACCUGGAGCGUUCUGACAUGUAGCAGACAGCAAUUUCAGAUCCUAUCUCAGUACAGAAAAUGCCUCCUCACAACUAUAGGGGGCUGCCCAGUAUGGACUCCUGUUGCUCUCUAGACAGCAGCAUUUCUUAUUAACAUUACAUCUUUUAUGAUGAGCAAGUUUUUAGGAGGGUGUCCCAAUGAAGAGAACUCCACGGGAAUACACACAAGCUGCAGAGCUGCUCAUUGACCUGUAAGUCAUGAUUUGUAGGCAAUGGAAGCUCAUUUAUUUGCAUUCUCCUGCCCUGGGAAGCUCUCCAGCAUACCACCAUGGAAGGUUCAUAUUUUUCCUUUUGGGGCUUCCAUGGCAGGUGUUAAAAAUGGCAGUUCUGUGUGUGUGUGUACAUACAUACAUACUUGUAGUAAAUCUUAUGAGAUAUAGUUUGUUACAAUUUUUGGAAAAUUACUGUUUCUUCUAUCAACGGUAGAUUGCUAAGUCAAGAGGAAGAACAUAAUAAACAUUUCCAGUAAAAUGCACCUAAUAUAAAUUUGUUUGCCAAUUGGUGUUGUGUCUCUAGAUGGGUAUGGUUGAGAAAAUGGUGGGGAAGGCAGGAAAAUAGACUGCUCACCUGACACACUUUCUCUACAAGUAGAGUACACAGGGUGUAACAUAGUCCAGGAAGGAACCUUCCUUUGGGAGUCUCCUAUUAAAAUACUGGCAGGAUACCAUUAGCAAAAUUUUAUUUUCUUUACUGAUUUAAGAAUACACUAGAUGCAAAACACCAAAUAUUUGCAUGUGAACAUAGUGCAUUUAAGUGUCUGUUCUAAAAUGCCUGUUCUUGCCUCAUCUAGCAGUCAGAGCUCAAAAACCUGAUUGUUUCUCACUGAUUUUAAUGGCCUUUAUAUCAAGCUCUUAGAACCCAAUCUAGCAAAGCAUUUAAGCAUGUGCUUAUCUUUAAGCACUCAAGUAGUCCUAGCAUAAAGUUAAAGUAUAAAAUUAAGCAUGUGCUUAAGUGCUUUCCUUUAUCAUGGUCUAAAGACUCAUCAUACUACUUGGACAUCAAAUCACAUAUUCCAAUCAAUUGCUAAUCUAAAUCUAUGGUAUUUUUAUUUACUUAGAGCAAUGUCUGGAUUUCACACAGCCAAGCUGUAGCCAGAUCAGGAUUUUAUUGCCCCUUCCAAGCCCCAUGUAAAUGGUAGCUAUUGCUUCUGCUGUUUGUAAUCUAGAUAAUGCAAAGGAAAUAGACAGGCUAAUAUACACAUAUACAAGCAUCCAGAAUAGGUAUUCUUGAUUGCAAAGGAGAAAAUAGAAUUUACAAAAAUUUUGAAAGCACCAGGGAAUUCCAUGAAGCUUGGUUUUGGCCACGCCAGAUUAAUAUGCCUGUUUCUAUUCUGGAUUUAGUUUUACACUGUUACUCAUUACAUAAACUCUGGUUUCUCAGUGGAAAUACUUACAUUACAUGGUAGUUAUGCCAUGCAUAUACUGUAUAUGUACAAAUGCAAACCAAAAUUU